GCGGAGAAAAUGUCGGACAGCGAUAUUCCAUCUUCAACUCUCUACAAAGAUAACGUAGAUUGGAAGGAUAUUACGCCGAUCUACCCGAGUAAGGAGGAAGAAGUUGCUGUUAAGAUCGCUGUUACGGAAGACUUCACCGAUGCUUUCGCCUACUUCCGUGCAAUUCUAAUAAAAAACGAGAAGUCGGAUCGAGUGAUGGCACUUCUCGAGGAUUGCAUUAGACUUAAUCCAGCGAAUUACACAGUUUGGCAGUAUCGCCGCGUGUGUCUCACCGAGUUGGGAUGGGAUUUGAAGAAGGAGAUGCGGUAUCUCAGCGAUAUUAUUCAAGAAUCACCGAAAAACUAUCAAGUCUGGCAUCACCGUCGCUUCAUCGUCGAAACGAUUGGAGAAAGUGCGGUGAACGAUGAGCUUCAUUUUUGCUCGGAAGUCAUCCGCGACGAGAACAAAAACUAUCACGCGUGGCAGCACCGUCAAUGGGUUGUACGGACUUUCAAGGUUCCACUGGAGAAAGAGCUCACAUUUGCUCUUCACAUGCUUCUUCUCGAUAAUCGCAACAAUUCGGCGUAUAAUUAUCGCUAUUUUCUGAUGACUCUCUACGAUAAGACGGAGGAUGCGAGCCAGCUUGACAUUGAGAUCAACCUCGCCAAGAAGUUCAUUGAGAAUAUUCCGAACAACGAAAGUGCCUGGAACUACCUCGCAGGGCUUCUCAUCACAAAUGGAGUAACCUCGAACAGUGAUGUUGUCAGUUUUGUGGAGGAUUUGUAUGAGACAACUCCUGAAGAGAAACGGUCACCAUUCCUUCUUGCAUUUAUCGCCGAUAUGAUGCUCGAAAAUAUUGAAAACCAAAAGUCUGCGGAAGAAAGCGCUGGGCGCGCUAAAAAGCUCUACAAGGAUCUUCAAUCGAUCGACCCGGUUCGAGUCAACUACUACCGCCAUCAGAGUCUUCUUGCUCAAACGAUGCUCAUCAAGGCACAGACGAAGGUCACUGCCAAGUAAUUCUUUCUGAAUUCCACGUUUUUUUUGUAUUUAUAUGUUUUUGUGUAAGUAUAUCCCAAUGAUUUCCCACAAUUUGCCGUCCUACUUAUUUAUUUAAAAAAUUUUUUUUUAAAUUAUUAUUCAAUGAUGCUUUUUUUAUAGUUUAUUCUUAAUUUUUAUACCUUUUGUCACGUUUUUUAGUUGAAAGGCAAGAGAAAAUGGAAAUUUCCGAGGCACAGCGGCACUCCGAUAUCUUUCAUGCGCCUUUAAGUUUGGAGUACUGUAGAUUUUGAAUUUUUUUUCUUGAAUUAUUGCAAAUAAUUGAAAUAUUUCGAAAUCAACUGUUUAUUCAUCAUUUCGGCUACCAGUUUUCUUUGUUUCUGAGAGAAAUA